AAAGCAGUAGCUCACCUUCAUCACAUCUCUCACAGCUUCAUCAAAUCCAGAGAAGACACCAGUUGUGCAGGCUGGCACCUCUGCAGGACAAGUCUCACAGAUGAAGCUUUAAGUCAAGCAGAACACACGGUGAUCAGAUGUGUCCAGCAUGAAGUAUAUUCAGAAGAAAUCAAAUGCAUCAUGUCAAAACGAGAUCUGUCCUCCAGCAGUUCUCUUUACAAGCUUCAUCCACUCAUUGAUGAAAAUGGCCUACUGCGGGUAGGAGGACGCCUUGCAGAGUCAAAGUUGUCAAGCCAUGAAGCCAACCCUCUUCUGAUCCCAGGCAAACACCACAUUGCUACACUGCUCAUCCGUCAUCAUCAUGUGGCUGUGAAGCAUCAAGGAAGGCACUUUACUGAGGGAGCAGUCAGAGCAAGUGGCCUGUGGAUAGUCGGAGCCAAGAGGUGUAUUAGCAGCAUUAUCUAUGGAUGUGUGACUUGCAGGAAGCUACGAGGCAGAGAGGAGCAGCAAAUCAUGGCAGAUUUGCCAGCCGAACGCUUACAGACUGACCCCCCAUUUUCUUAUGUUGGCCUUGAUGUAUUUGGACCAUGGGAGGUCAUUGCACGCCGCACUAAAGGAGGACAAGCCAACAGUAAGAGAUGGGCGGUUUUGUUUACCUGUAUGUCCACGAGAGCUGUUCACAUCGAAGUCAUUGAAACUAUGAGCUCUUCUAGUUUCAUCAAUGCACUUCGCAGAUUCUUCGCGAUCAGAGGUACUGCUAAGCAGUUGAGGUCAGACUGUGGCACCAACUUUGUCGGUGCAGCAAGGGAGCUAAAGCUGGAUCCUCCAAAGCCUGGUGAGACGAGUGUAGACGACUACCUCCUCAAUCAGAGAUGUUCAUGGGUGUUCAAUCCGCCCCACUCAUCACACAUGGGUGGUGCGUGGGAGCGCAUGAUAAGAAUUACACGGCGUAUCCUGGAUUCAAUGCUCUUACAAGUGAGCCAUUCCAAGCUGACUCAUGAGGUUCUGAUAACCCUGAUGGCCGAAGUUACAGCUAUUAUUAAUGCAAGGCCUUUAGUGCCUGUCUCCACUGACCCAGAAGCUCCUCUGAUCUUAACCCCUUCAACUCUACUCACUCAGAGGUUUGGCUCCCUCUCACCUUCCCCUGGAGAUUUCACCAAAGCUGACAUGUUUAAACAUCAGUGGAAGAGGGUUCAAGUUCUUGCUGACACUUUCUGGGCUCGAUGGCAGAAAGAAUACCUCAACAUGCUCCAGAGCCGUCAAAGGUGGCAGCUCAGAAGACCAAACAUGAAGGAAGGAGACAUUGUUCUUUUAAAGGACAAGCAACUGAAAAGAAAUGAGUGGCCAACAGGAGUCAUAGUGAAGGCUCUUCCAAGUAAAGAUGGAGUUGUCAGGAAGGUGGAAGUCAAGAUUACCCACAACAAGACUAAAAAGACCUUCUUCAGACCUAUUUCUGAGUGUAUUCUUCUCUUAUCUCCUGAGAUUAUGUGAAUUUGUUAUUGUGGCAUUUUUGAAAUAAUGCCAGGCGAGGAGUGUGUUGGAACUGUUUGUGCCUGCAGUUGCAGUAGCACCUUUUCGCCUAUAGAGGGCGCAGUGCGUUUAUUUACCUGUGUGAUUUACAGGAAGUGAGGUACCUGGAAGUUUUUAUUUUCUGCUUCAUAACGAGAGAUACUCAGUCGUCCAGCUGUUUGUUUUGCCCUUGUACUGGCAAUAUAAUUUCACAAUUUUUGGCAUUAAACCUGUCCAACCACAA